UCCUUCUCAGAAGUUUUCCUUUACAUUUAAUAUACGACGUGAUAAGCCAAUGGGCGACGAAAAAACUUUAACAGGGUUCCGCCUCCACUCUUUCCUCAAGUCAUGAUACGAAUACGAUUUUUGAUUGACUUCAACAGAUGUCUACUUAGCGGUUGCACAUUACUCUCCGGAGUGCAACAGCACCGCAACCAUGCCUCUGGCUCGCAGCCUCUCGGUGACCUCGUUGUCGGGGCUGGAGGAGUGGGACGAGGAGUUUGACUUGGAGGAUGGCGUGCUGUUCGAGAUUGCCUGGGAGGUGGCGAACAAAGUGGGCGGGAUCUACACCGUGAUCCAGACGAAAGCGCGGCUGACUGCCGAGGAGUGGGGGGAGAACUACUUCCUGGUGGGGCCCUACACGGAGAGCAACGUCCGCACGCAGGUGGAGCUGAUCGAGCCCACGAACCCCGCCCUGAAGAGAACCAUCGACAAGAUGAACAGCAGCGGGUGCAAGGUGUACUUUGGGCGCUGGCUGAUCGAGGGCAGCCCCUACGUGGUGCUGAUUGACGUGGGCUUCACCGCCUGGUCCCUGGACAAGUGGAAGAGCGAGCUGUGGGAGACCUGCGGGAUCGGGGUGCCCUGGUUCGACCGCGAGGCCAACGACGCCGUCCUCUUCGGCUUCCUCACCGCCUGGCUCCUGGGGGAGUUCGCAGCGCAGUGCGAGGACCCCCCCCAUGUCCUGGCGCACUUCCACGAGUGGCUGGCGGGGCUGGGCCUGGUGCUGUGCCGCCACAGGCAGCUCCCCGUGGCGACCAUCUUCACCACCCACGCCACCCUGCUGGGGCGCUACCUGUGCGCGGGAAACGUGGACUUCUACAACAAGCUGGACGAGUUUAACCUGGACAAGGAGGCGGGCGAUCGGCAGAUCUACCACAGGUACUGCCUGGAGAGAGCAGCCGCCCGCUGUGCCCACGUCUUCACCACCGUCUCCCAGAUCACCGCACACGAGGCUGAGGCCCUGCUCAAGAGGAAGCCCGACAUCGUGACCCCCAACGGGCUGAACGUGAAGAAGUUCUCGGCCGUGCACGAGUUCCAGAACCUCCACGCCCAGAGCAAGGCCCGGAUCCAGGAGUUCAUCCGGGGACACUUCUACGGCCACCUGGACUUUAACCUGGACAAGUGUCUGUUCCUCUUCAUCGCCGGGCGAUACGAGUUCUCUAACAAAGGGGCCGACAUCUUUCUAGAGGCACUUGCCCGGCUCAACUACCUGCUCAGGGUGAACCACAGUGAGGUAACUGUUAUAGCCUUCUUCAUCAUGCCCGCCAGAACCAACAACUUCAACGUGGAAACACUGAAGGGGCAGGCCAUCAGGAAACAGCUCUGGGACACGGCGCACACGGUGAAAGAGAAGUUCGGGCACAAGCUGUACGAGUCGCUGCUCGGGGGUCAGUUGCCAGAUGUGUCUAAGAUGCUGGAUAAGGAGGACUUCACCAUGAUGAAGAGGGCCAUAUUUGGGAGCCAGAGGCAGUGUCAGCCCCCCAUCUGCACCCACAACAUGCUGGAGGACAGCACUGACCCCAUCCUCAACUGCAUCCGCCGAAUCGGGCUGUUCAACAGCUCAGCGGACCGGGUCAAGGUGAUCUUCCACCCGGAGUUCCUGUCCUCCACCUCCCCGCUCCUCCCCAUGGACUAUGAGGAGUUUGUGAGGGGCUGUCAUUUAGGAGUAUUCCCCUCCUACUAUGAGCCCUGGGGCUACACGCCAGCGGAGUGUACGGUGAUGGGUAUCCCCUCCAUCUCCACUAACCUGUCUGGUUUCGGCUGUUUCAUGGAGGAGCACAUUGCGGACCCGUCCGCUUACGGGAUCUACAUUCUGGACCGGCGGUACCGGGGUGUGGAUGACUCGUGUAACCAGCUCACCUCCUUCCUGCUGCAGUUCUGCCAGCAGAGCCGGCGGCAGCGGAUCAUCCAGAGGAACCGCACCGAGCGCCUCAGCGACCUGCUGGACUGGAGAUACCUGGGCCGGUUCUAUAUUGCAGCCCGUCACAUGGCCCUGGCCAAAGCCUUCCCUGACACCUACUGCUAUGACCCCGAUGAGCCUGCUUCUACUCAGGGCUUCCGUUACCCCCGCCCGUCCUCCGUGCCCCCCUCCCCCGCCCUGUCCCGCCACUCCUCCCCGCACCACAGCGAGGCCGAGGAUGACGACGACGAAGAGCGGUACGACGAGGAACUGGAGGCGGAGAAGGACCGGAUGAACAUCCGCCAGCCCUUCUCCCUCCCGCUGCGGAAGAGCAGCCUGCCGUUCUCUCCGCCCCCCCCGGUCUCCGACGGCAGCAGCCCCCCCGGCUCCCAGCCCAGCUCCACCACCAGCUCCCAGCCCAGCUCGCUGUCCAGCGAGAAAAACUGAGCACUUACACACACACACACACACACACACACACGUACACGCACACACACACACACACACACAAACCAGCUCCCAGCCCAGCUCGCUGUCCAGCGAGAAAAACUGAGCACUUACACACAGACAGGCACACGCACACACAAAUACACACACGCGCACGCACACACAGAGACACACACAUAUACACUAGCUCCCAGCCUAGCUCGCUGUCCAGAAAGAAAAACUGAACACACACACACGCACACACACACACCCAUAAGCAAAUGAAAAGUCAGCAUUCAGGCUCACAUGUUACAGUUGAGUGAUUUUACACAGGACUACAAUGUAGUGUUGCACAAUAUAUCUAAUCACAGUUUUUAUAAGAAUAGUCAACACCAUGGAACAUUUUGGCAUUCUUUCAUUUUUUAUUUAUUUAAUCAUACCUGGAUGUGGUAGUAAACAGCCAAACAUCAGGAGUCAUGUGGAAUGCUUCAGGGGAAAAAAAAAACGUCAUCACUGAGAUGUAUUGGGUGUUGAUAAGACAGCCAAUCAGCAGCAAGGCCUUGUGACCAUGUGAUGUGUUUUUUCAGUAACUUCCGCAUCAGGUACGGUUAAAGAAAACAAGUCGAAAGAUCGCUCUGACUAUUCUCAUUAUGCUUAUAAACCACAAUUAAAUAUAUUGUGCAGACCUACAGAAGUGCAGGAAACCAUAGUAUUACAGUGUUAGAGAGCCAUGAAGUCUAUGCAAACAAAAAACCCCACCAUGUACGUAGCACAUGAAAUCAAUCAACACUCUUGUUUUAUGUGUAGAGACACAAACUACUGUUUUAUGCUUUCAUCCUGAAGUCAGUCUAGUGACAUUGAACUAGGAGGAGAAGUUAACUUAUUAAAUAUAGAUAUAGUGAGAUAGAAUAAUAUAUUUGUUUGUCUUUAACCUGUUUAACCAGUGACUUCCCAACCUGAGCCUGAUUGAUCAGUUGGAACCCUGGUUUUUCAGUAGAGAGGCAGUCACCGUUGUUACGCCUCUGAGAAAAUCCCUGUGCUGCUCAAUUCUGAGGCUUUGGGAACGCACCUGACCAUGAAAGAGUUUGACCGCACCACGAUCACAUUACAAACCGUAAGACCGUGAGUUUGAUCACUGACAGUGAGCGAAGUUUGACCUCAGCAUGACUGUGUUACAAAUUGUAAGACUGAGUUUGAUUACUGACCGUGAGAAGAGUUUGACCUCAGCAUGAGCGUGUUACAAACCGUAGGAAUGCGCAUUUGAUUCCUGACACUGAGCAAAGUUUGACUUCACCGCGACCACGUUAAAAAACCGUACGACAGCACAUUUGAUUGCUGUAAGUGAGGAAUUAUCACCUCCGAGCCACUAGGAGGCAGCACUGAGCCGCCUAAAUCCAUGACAGACGGGCUGUUUCUGCAGCACAACCAUGCUGCUGCGGUUUGUUGGGGAAACGUGGUGAGGGUCCACUGCCGUCUGUCCCCAGACACCGCCCGCGUUUCCUGAAAACACCGCGUGGAAACGGAGGGACAAACUAAAAAUCCAAAAUUUAAGAAACGUUUUCGUUGUCUAUUACAAAUAUGCAGUUCCUACAUGCAGUAAAUAAUUUUAUAAUAAAUGUCCUAUAAACAAAAUGGCAUGUAUGAGUGUGCUGAUACUUCUCAUAAAAAAUUUGUACUUGAAGUAUAUACUCUUUAGAUUUUGGAUUAGGAAGGUGCCGUUUCCUCCCACAGUUGAGAGUAUUAAGGCUCGUUGCCAUCCUAGAUGACUGCAGAGUGGAGGUCCUCAUACUGGUCUUGGUGCCAUACGUAGCCAGAAAGCUUGCUGCCUUUUCUUCUGAGAAGCACUAAACUGAAGCACAUCUCUCCAUGCUGCAUGUAAUAAAGAGUGCCUUAUCACGUGGUCCUUCCAGACGUCCAGUCAGAGCGCUUUAAUUCCGCCACACUGGCAGAGAUUAGCUGAAAGUGCAUAAGCCCGGUUGUCCCGUCCCACACUGUAGCAACGAGACAGCCUAGAGUCUGGACCCUCAAACCGGCCGCAAACUCUCGUCGGUGGGCAGCGUCGAGUGUGCGCGCGCGCGUGUGUGUUAGCGCACUUUAUUAGUGAGAAUCGCUGUGUCUGCGUGAGCUUGUGAGCGCCGACUUGCCCAUUGCUGUGUCCUACGGACCAGUUUAGAAGCUGGCGCGGGAGUCACCCUCUCUGAAAACGGCUUUCAGCCAAGGGAUGUGCGGCUGUCGGAGGAUGGACAGGAGGGCGGGGUGGACAGAGAGAGAGAGAGAGCAGUUAACGUCAACUGCGCCGACAUUUACUUCAACUGUUUGAGACUGUGUACGUUCAACUGCUUGGGUUUCGAUGUUUGUGUUGCUGUCGUAUUCCGAAUGACUUGAAAAUAAAGUCGAAGUGCUAACA